AUGGGCAUGCUGUUCGAGCUGCUCCGCAACUACGCCGGGUUCUACCGCAAGAUCCAGGAGGACAUCGAGGCUAACCUCGCCGAGCCCGACGUGGAACGAAGGGAGGGCGGCGAGGUGUUUGCGACCAAGGUGGCGCUGAAGCUCGAGCGGAGCCUCUCGGACCUGAAGCAGUUCAAGAAGAUGGCCUCGCCGUCCGUCAGAGACGAGGACAUCAAGGAGUUCGCCGGGAAACUCUUCUAA